AUGAGUGAUAACGAUUCGGCACCUUCUUCUUCUGAGAGCAACCAAAGCGAAAAAAGUGGUGGAGAUCCUUUAUCUGGAGAAAUCGAUCAUACCAAUUUUCUCUCAGACAACAUGGGAGUUCUUUUUGGAAAUCCGAACCUUUCGGACGUGACAUUCAUGGUAAACGGGGAAUUGUUCCCGGCUCACAAAGCAAUUUUGGUUGCUCGAAGUGAAUACUUCAGAGCAAUGUUCUUUGGAGGAAUGAAAGAAAGUGAAGAAGCAGAAAUUAUUCUCAAGGAGAACAACGGUUACGCGUUUCGUACUCUUUUGAGGUACAUUUACACCGCCAAGCUCUCCUUAAAUGAACUCGAGGAAAACCAAGUCCUGGAUUUCCUCGGCAUCGUGAAUAAAUAUGGAUUUUCCAAACUUCAAAAUUCAAUUGCUGAGUACCUAAAGGAAAUUGCCAAUGUCAAAAACGUCUGUGCAAUAUACAGUACCUCACAGACAUACUGUAUCGAUGAUCUCAUGGAACAUUGUCUUUACGUCGCGGAUCGCAAUGCUUCUGAAGUGCUUACCACACAGGGAUUCCUGCAUUUACCUAUCACCGAGGUUACCCAGUUGGUAUCUCGCGACUCGUUUUUUGCUCCUGAAAUCACUAUUUUCCGUGCAAUACAGAACUGGGUACAAGCCCAUCCAGAAAUGAAGGUAAUAUAUUAG